AUGAGCACAUCAGUACCGAACGCGACAGAUAAUUUCGGUGGGAUGCCACCGAAACUUUGCACCUUUUUCGGUUGGAUUUCACCGAUAUUCAAUGGUAGAGAUGCAUUACUUCGAUGGGCUCGUGAACAAGGAAAAUUGAAUAAUAUUGUCAUUGUAAUUAAAAGGUCUGAUUAUGGAGGUAAGGGCAAGAGGAUACCUCGUGUAAUACUUGCUUGUGAGAGGAACGGUAACUAUAAGUCUUGCAAGUCUAGUGAGACAACUGAUGUAAGAUCGGAUGCAAAUAGUGAUAUGAAAAAAUGUAUUAGAGACACUGGUACCAAGAAAUGUGGAUGCCCAUUCUUGUUAAAAGGUGUCAAUAUUGGUGAUGGGGAUGAUUGGAAGUUUGAGGUGGUUUGUGGAGUACACAACCAUCCUAUUUCAGAGUAUCUUCAAGGUCAUUCAUUUGUGGGGCGACUUACUGAAGAGGAGAAUGCCUUGUUGGUGGACAUGUCUAAGAGUUUGGUGAAACCCAGAGAUAUUUUGGUCACCAUUAAAUAUAGAGAUGUAAUGAAUGUUUCAACUAUGAAGACAACAUACAAUGCUAGGAUCCGAAAUAGAACCAAAGAAUUUGCUGGGAGAACCCAAAUGCAACAAUUGCUUACUAAGUUAUCCGAACACAAUUAUAUUGAGUGGCAUAAGACAUCUGGGGAUAUUAUAACUGACCUGUUUUGGACACACCCCAUUAAUAUUGAUAUUUUGCGCGCAUUUCCACAUGUACUUAUCAUGAAUUGCACUUAUAAGACUAAUAGGUAUCGUUUCCCACUAUUGCAUAUUGUGAGGGUGACAUCUACUAAUAUGACAUUCUUUGUUGCGUAUGUGUAUAUGAAUGCCGAGAAGGAAGACAAUUACACAUGGGCAUUGACUACCUUGAGGAGUUUGUUGGAUGAUAAUUGUCUUCCUGGUGUUAUUGUCACCGAUCGAGAGUUAGAGAUAGAUGGGGUGGAUGCUUUAUCAUGUAGUUGUGCUAUUCGUCGAACCCACCAAUUACCAUGUGCACAUGAAAUUGCGGAGUAUAGAGAGCGUGGUGUACCAAUACCACUUGAUGUUGUGCAUUCACAUUGGAGGAAAUUAGAUCUCAUCAAUAUAGGAAACAGUAGUCAUGGCACAACUUCACCAGGAAGGUCACAACUACAAAGAUUCAAUAUGUGGUAUGAACAACAAGAUGGUGAGAAGAAGAGACAAGUCCACAUGACACUGGAGGAGCUAAUGAACCCCGGUUCUACUGCGCUUACUGAACCAAAAGAGAAGUUGAAGACCAAAGGGAGACCGCGAAAAGUCGACACUUCUACUCGUCGUUUGCCAUCUGCAUUUGAGAUUGCUGAGGCCUCCAUUGCUCUACCUAAAAAUAAACCAAAGCAAAGCCUGACUGCCUCACUCAAAAUAAAACCGAAGAAAAGUACCAUUGCAGUGCCAAAAAAAAGAAACAUGGUUGCUUCUAGUUCCAUGUUGUCUAAUCCAAAAAAAUUUAAGCUCUAUAAGCCUCGCGAAAACCAAUCAGCAUUCGAUACAUAUAUGCAUAUAGAGAAAUUCCUUGAGGAGAUGGUUCAGGUUUGCUGGAGGCGAUGGCAAAGGGCUUCUUUGAUGGUGAGCAAAGAUCUGCGAUGGCAAGGGAUGAGUUCUUCGAUGUUCUGUGAUGUAGGCAAUGGCAAAGGGCUUCUUCGAUGGUUCUGCGAUGGAGGUUGGUGUAAAUGGGAUGGGGUGUGCGAUGGGGUGUGUCUGCAAGAGGAGAGAAUUUUCGGUGGGGUGUGGCUGGAUAUCAGAUGGGGUGGGGUUUGA